AUGUCCGGCAGAGAUGUCGAACACGUUUCUUGCUUUCUUAAUGGCAACUCUCGUCAGCCUCCAUCUUUUCCAGAUACUGACGACUUAUAUCAUGACGCCUCAUCAAAUAUUAAAGCAUCGCUAAUCGCAUCAUCUUCGUCUCCCGAUCCUUCCCUAGCGAGUACCACAUACACCGAACAGCCGCGUCUCACAAGCACUCAGGCUUUCCGUGCACCUACGGGUCUAUCCUCGAGCGGCAGCCCUGAUAUUUACGGCCCAGACGGCCGAACCUCUCCUGACCCUGACGACUUUUAUCGGCCGCAUCAAUCCUUAUUGGCUGCAAAUGAUGGUACCGAGGCUGACUCUGGCACUGGCUUGAUGGUUGGGGUCAAUAAUAACGGUAACGCAGAGAAUCGUCCCAUUGUUUCUCAGCGCGUUUACUCCGUGCCAACCCGCUCUCCAGAGUUGACAUCUGUGAGCCGAGCGCAAUACCGUUCGACUUCAGAUUCUUCAUACAGGGGUUUUGGUUCGGACUCCACAAAAGGGUCAUCUGCGAGGACGUCGACGGCCAGGUCAAGACAGACAUCGUUCAAAGACCUGAUAAACAAGUUCAACAACAACGUUGACCAGGUUCUUCCACUUCCAGUCACAUCAACACCGAUAUCCCGCGAACCGUCAAGGGCCGCCAGCCCAGCCAGCCCUAUCGAUCACCAGCUGCGCUCCAGAUCGUCGUCGCGUCCGUGCGAUACGUCUGGCUCCCUAGAAAACAGAAAGGACGUGUCUGGACUGAACACAGCAACGGCACCUGGCCAAUAUAGUUUUGACCUUACCGUCCCUCAGUUGCGAAACCAAUCAAAUUGGUCGAGUUCAUCUUCGACGUAUCUAAAUCCAAGUGACUCGCUUCCUCACCGGGCGCUUAUCAGAGAAUUGCUUUCCGUGGAUACAGGCUUCCAGGACUCGGGAUAUGGACUUCCGUCGCAUAUGCGACGUCGAGGUUCUGAAGGGAGCAUACCCAGUCCAAACCCCGCGUUUCUAGACCAUCACGACCUAUCACCCGGCUUCUCUCCACUGACACCUACUGCCUGGUAUUUGGGGCAUACACCCUCUCUUGAGGCUGUAAAUACUGGUGCAAACCCCAGUAGUCAUCGAAGGGUGAAAAGCGAUUUCUCUGGAAACUGGCCUGGAGGUGCGUCCGCUCAGCCUUCCGAUUCCCACAUGGCGGUCCCGGCCCCCUUGCAGCCGAACUCUCGAACGUCCCUAGAAAGCCCACAUUCCAAGUCACGCAUUCCUGUCUCAUCCCGGCGCCUCAAUUCGGCUUCCGGCUCAGAAGUUUCUUCGCCCACGGCAACUGUCGAUCCAACCUUCGGCAACCGGCCUACCGCACAAAUUCCUCUGCCACCGAGAGGUAUUAGCCGCCUCCCCAAACCGUCACCUAAGUCGCCUCGUGAUAUAUCGGACGAUUCGCAAAUAGCGCUUGCGUUGUCACCACGUGGAAGGCGUGAAAUGGUCCAGAAUCGACCGCGUCAUCAGCGUUCUGGAAAGGGCGCCCUCCUAGAGGCAUACAUAGCUGCUCCUCCUCCGAAGAAAUCACCACCCCUACGAAGCUCCAGACCCCGUCAACCCGUGUCUCACACAGCGCCCACGUCACGAUCGAAGGUAGUGGAAACUGUGUCGAACUUUCAAAGCCAAAUUAAUCGCGAUCGAGAGUCGCGAAAUUUCAGACAACGGGGGUUGCAAGUGCCCGAGCUGGGCCAUGUCGAUUUUGCGACUCGACGACAGAGAAUCCAACAAGCCUUCAAUCGCACUAUUCAGGAGAAUGAAAGGAAGGAAGAGAAAGCAGCCGAACUUCGUCGUCAAGUCAAACACCGAGAAGACAAACAGGAACCUCCUCGGGUUCCUUCUCCGCAAGUACCUCUACCUGAGAGGCCGCAGUCACAUUCAUCCCCUCAGCCCGAAGAUACAGCAACCGUCAUCGAGGAAUCUGUGGAAACCUGUCAUGAAGAAGAACCAUCGGUAUCCUCAACGGGGCACAUACGAGCCACCCCCCACCUUCACGUUGAUACAGACAUUAGGAUGCAAGAGCCUGAAGGAAGGCCUAUUGAAGAAGCUCAUCCAAUGACAGUGGAUUCGCCGACACUGGGGCACUCAACUCUCACUCUAAAUGGGGAAGGGAUGAAUACAAAAUCCUCUGGUCCCCCAACCUCUGCUAUGACGUCGGGGUCUAACGAAACUCAUGUUACUGCAUUUGACCCAGAACCCCAGGCCGGACUGUCUCGGCAAAAUGUGCAUGCGUCUCACAGGACUCUUUUGAGCCAAAUCAUGCAAAUCCGCGAGUCCAGUCCUAGUGGCUCCUCCUGCGAUGAGCCAGAUCUCAGUUUUUCCGAAAAUGAUGAUAGGGAAUCCAUCCCAAUUAUGUUGAGAGAUGCCCUGGGUCUGGAAGACUCUAUGGAUAGUAGUGAUAACCAAGAGUCGUGUGAUCUUUAUAUCAAACAAGCGCACACUACCGGUGAACCACCCCACAGAUGGAGUAUGAGCUCAUGGUCUUCCUCGCUUCGAAAUCAACAUUUCACAGAUGAUCAAUGCGAGGACAGUGGAGAUGACCUCUCUCAGAUACAGCAUUCCGCUGAUGAUGGCGAAAUAGCUACGACUCGUUCAUGCUCCGCUGCCUCUAGUACUCCUCCAUCGGUUACCGGGCGUCAACCGCCUUCAACAUUGAAUCAUAAUAAUAGCACAACGCCCGAGUCGAAGCAUGAAAACGGGCCAAAUAGAAAUAUUCAAGGACACUCGAACGCACCUAACCUAGCCAGACUAGGCGGGUGGAACUCGAGACUUGUUACUCAACUUUAUUUUAAAGAGCUCGCUCGUGGCAGGGGCCAUAAUCUUCCUAUGCCAGCAAUCCGUGCUUCUCCAGAACCACACUCUUCAGAUAUUAGUAAGAGGAAUGUAACAGAGGAACCAGGUUUGGUAUCACAGACAAAUGAUUUCCCCUCGGAGGAGCGAAUAGGGCACACUGCAAGUCUCGUCUUGCCAGGCGACUGGGAACAUGCGUCCCCAUCUAUAAUGGAUUGGAUGCGGAUUGCCGCCGAUGACGGAACUGCGCCAAAAGACCAGGCAGACGAUAGCUCUAAACAUGACGGCGCCCCAACACCUCGGAUUGUGACACCCAGUAUACAAGCAGCGUACCCUGGGGAAGCUACACAUAAAAUUGUCGGUGUGGCCGUUGAUGUUCAAUCGUCUCUGAAAGCCGACUCACGGGAUAGUCGCCCAUCUCCCCUAGAGCAGUCUCAGCAACCACCUCCUCCAGUUGGAAGCGAGGAAAUCAAUGCGUCUCGGCAACCAUUCCAUUCCUCUUCUGCAGGGAAUUUAUCCCAGCCGCUAUUGGGUGCCUUCGUGAACACCACUUUCGCCCCACUGGGCUCGGUCCAGAGCAAUGGAAGUAGCGGAGACUCGUCACUUCGGCGCCUCGACCCUACACACUCACCGCAGGCUUUGGAUUCAUCAACGACUUCCUUGGUUCCUUCUACUUCGGAGCAGCCUCAUCCAGGAAAAGCUUCCCCAUCACCAGAGCAACGGCGUUUGAAGAAACGACGGCAUGUUAUCAAGGAAUUAGUUGAUACCGAAUACACUUUUGGGAGAGAUAUGAAAGUUGUUGACGAUAUUUAUAAGGGAACAUCAAGCUCAUGCUUGGAUCUCUCAUCGGAGGAUGUUAAAAUACUCUUUGCAAAUUCCGACCAGGUUGUACGGUUUUCAAUGUCCUUCCAGGAUGCACUGAAGGAGGCAGCGAAGAGUGUCUAUGUUAUGCCUAAAUCACAACGAUGGAGCAGCAAGCGCGCCCGGAACAGCCACGCUUCCAAAGUCGAUCCUGAUACUUCGGUGGCAACAGGAAUAUCGGAGCUGGAGAAUGACAAUGCUACAUUCAUUGGUCAGGCGUUUAUGACGAAUAUGGCAUAUAUGGAGAAGAUCUAUGCGGAUUACUUGAAAAAUCAUGAUGCAGCCAAUAAGAAGCUUCAAACCCUUCAACGGAAUCCCAAAGUGGCUAUCUGGCUAAAGGAAUGUCGAGAGUGGGCAUCGGAUCUCACCACAGCGUGGGAUUUGGAUUCGCUACUUGUUAAACCAGUGCAGCGGAUCUUAAAGUACCCUCUCCUGCUAACUGAGCUUCUUGAUUCAACACCGAGUGACCAUCCAGACCGUGCAUCUCUCGUCAGUGCCCUAGAGGAGGUGACUAAUAUUUCGAUCAGGAUAAACGAAAUGAAGAAGCGUGCCGAUCUAGUGGGCCAAGUAGUUGGCCGAAAACGAAAGGAGUCCGAUGUUAGAGCAGGCUUGUCGAAGGCUUUUGGGCGUCGCACGGAGAAACUGAGGCAGCAAGUAGGGCUUUCUGACAUGGUUGAAGACAAAGACUACGAUGCACUGUCCCAAAGAUUUGGAGACAACUUCUUCCAGUUGCAAGUUGUCAUGCGAGAUGCCGAGACGUAUACCCGCGAGGCUCAAAGCUCCAUGGAACGCUUCGGCGAAUUCGUUGCAGCGAUCGAAGGGUUUAUCGACGUUUCGCAGACCAACUAUUCAGAGCUCGAGGGCAAAUGGCGUGAAUUAAAAAUAUGUGCUCAUGAAAUCAUGACGGCCACAUUUCCGGACCAUCUGUCUGUUGUUCGAAAGAAUGUCAUCGAGCCCAUGGUCACACUGCUUAAGCUGCACGAAGGACCACAAAAAGUGAUGAAGAAGCGUGAUAAACGCCUGAUGGACUAUGCUCGCUUCAAAACCAUCAAGGACAAAGGAGAUAAGCCCGACAAAAAGACCACGGAACAAGGAGAGCAGUUCGUUGCUCUCAAUGAGACACUUAAGGACGAGCUUCCUAAGCUAUAUUCCCUCACCGCUAAACUGAUGGAAGCUUGCUUGAAAAACUUUAUUCAGAUUCAGACAUCCUGGUUCAAACUUUUGCAGGAAAAGCUAGCACCCUUGGUUGACUCCUUUCCGGACGACAUCCAGAAGAUCGUCGGUGAUUGGUCUGCAACCUUCACAUUUUCCGAGGCCCAGUUGUUAUCAUUGGGUAUCUGCAACGGAUCGUUGCUUGCGGAUGCUGUCAACCUUGUCAAUUUCAAUACACCCUCGACUGGGGCCACUAUCAGUUCACCUCGACGCUCUUCAACCGUAAAUAGCGCUAGCACUCGUGUUGGAUCUACCAUGGAAGAACCCUCACCCAAGGUUUCUUAUGACUUCGGCAAUGGUAACGCCCUUCCUUUCCGAUCCCCAAGUAUUGAUGGCCAGUCGCAGUUGUCUUCUGGGCGUCUUCGGGCCGAUUCAUCUCUCUCUGACCGCGGUGCUGAGGCACCGGAGAUCCCCCGAAGCCAGAUGCUGCAGCAGAUUACCGGCACAUCAUCAGGCUCUGUACCUCCUACGUCCGUUCCUCAGACUGAAUCAAUCCCAAGUCUUCCCAGGCUGAGUCUCGAUUCACCGUUCCUUGUUGAUGUCAUGGGUCCUUCUGGUAGUGAAGCUAAAAACGAUGAGGACCAACCGACGACGCCUGGUGGUCGGUAUUCGGGGUUUUUUUCAUCGGCAAUGCCCAUGUCGGAUAAUCCCCAAGAUGAAGGUGCCCCUGCAGAAAACGACGCCCCUAAAGAACCUACGGUACUAUUCCUUGCUGCCAGUAUCUACGAGUUCAAUAUUGAUCGUGCCCGGCGCGAGGCCGGAUAUCCCUACCUGACAUAUGUCGCUGGAGAAAUAUUCGACGUUAUUGCCGAGAAAGGUGAGCUAUGGCUGGCAAAGAAUCAGGACGAUCCUACCCGUCAGGUUGGCUGGAUCUGGAAUAAGCAUUUCGCGAAACUUUCAAACUAA